AGAAGCUCUCUCACACACACACACACACACACAGGGUGGACACGUGUAGUAAACACUCAGCAUGUCCGACAGAAAGACCUCGUCGGUGCCAGGUGAUGCGGACAGUCUCCGGAGAAGAUCCGCUGCUCAGGACUCCUCAGAGAUCUAUGUAGAUCCUGAACAGCAUCGUCGGUUUCCACGGCGACAGUCCCAAACUGACAGAAUUUGUGUUGGCCCCCAGCAUCCGGAGCUCGGGACCAUGACCACGCCCUCCCCAGAUGGUUCCGUGGCCCACUUCUGCCACUACACGCCGAAAUGUUACCUCACCGUCCACGGAGCAGGUCACGGCACCUCAGCCCGGACGGCUUCGUCACAGUAUGGAGAGGAGGGUUGGCACGACGCCACCACCAAGACCACCAUCAGAGCUGACAAUGAGGUGGAGGCUCACAGGGAAGCCAACAACUACAGGUUUGGCUUCAGGAAGUGGAAGGGCAACGUGACGGAGAAGCCCAUCGGAGAGAGAUCAGACAUCACCAAAGAGCUGUACGCUGAUAUUAGUCUUGUUAAACCUCAAGAAGGCUUGGUGGUUUCCUUUGGGAACAUCGUUUAUGUCUUUUUAUUUGGAUGGUGGAUAUCUUUAAUCUACUUCCUCGUUUGUCCUAUAAUGUUCCUAACGAUCUUAGGAGCUCCGUAUGGGAAACUUUGUUGGAAGUUGGCGUUGUACUUUAUUUGGCCAUUUGCUAAGUCCAUAGAAAAGGCCAGUGAUGCAAUGAGGAGUUCAAUCGUGAAGCCUCCAAAGUUUGAGGUCAUCCCUGAGGAGGGGGACACUGAGGACAAGGAGUCUGCCCCCCUCCUGGUGUCUUCUCCAAUCGCAGUGGAGAUCCCCGUCCCAGAACCACCUGUCAGGAAAGCUUCAAAGCACUGGUGUCGGGUCAGCACCUAUGUGUGGCUGCUCCUGGGUUACCCUGUGCUGGCUGUGGCCCACUCCCUCGCCUGUGUGCUCUCCUGGCUGCUGAUCUUCACCAUCCCUGUGUCCAAGAUGAACGCUCGCACCCUGACCACGGUGCUGCUCAUGGCACCGGAGGACGUCCAGAUCCACAGACGGGAAAAGACGAAUAUUUGUGAGAUCCGAGUCGUCUUAUACUGUAAUCGAGCAUUUAAUGUGCACUACUGCAAAUACACCGUACAAGGAAUCAACAUUUUCGCUCUCAACCUGCUUCCUCUGGUAUUCAUCACUCUUAUUGUGGGCUAUACUGACCGUGAGCACAAUUACUUCAGCGCAGAGACCAAGUUUGCCACAGCCAUCACCUCCAUCAUCCCUCUGUCCUACUACAUCGGCAUGGGGAUAGCCAGCAUUUCUGCGCAGAGUAACUUUGCAGUGGGGGCGGUGGUGAAUGCCACGUUCGGCUCCAUCACGGAGAUGACGUUCUACAUCACAGCUCUGCUACAGGGAUACCACGCUAACAACAAAUGCUACGAAGAGAUCGUCAAGGCAGCGCUCACCGGAACCAUACUGGGAUGUAUACUGUUCAUACCGGGGAUCUGUAUGAUCAUUGGGGGCAUUAAACACCGGGAGCAGAGGUUCAACAGUCGUUCAGCUGGAGUGAGUUCUGCUUUGCUUUUCAUAUCCAUAGGAGGUGUGUUUGCUCCCACCCUUUUCUCCAAGGCGUUCGGUUAUCUGGUGUGUGAGAGCUGCACCAACAUCCCAAACAAUACCAGCGUGCCCUUCAUCUGCAAGGACUGUCACUACGACAUGAGUCGAACGGACCCACAUUUGAUUCUCGCCCAUAUUGAGCCUCUGGUGUACACAAUCUCUGUGCUGCUGCCUACUGCCUACCUGAUCGGCCUCAUCUUCACACUGAAAACCCACACCCACAUCUAUGACAUCCACAUCAGUGAUGGCCAAGGUGACCAUGCAACUGUAGGUCAUCAUGUGGUUCUCUGGUCCCGGUGGAGGGCUCUGGCAGUGCUGAUCGUCGCCACGGUGCUGAUGGCCUGUUGCGCUGACCUCAGCACGGAGAACGUCAAGCCCAUUCUGACCAAUUCCUCCAUCUCCAAGUACUUCAUCAGUGUCACAGUGUUGGCCAUGGUGCCAGAGCUUCCUGAGAUCGUCAAUGGGAUCCAGUUCGCGCUGCAGAACAACAUCAGCCUGAGCCUUGAAGUGGGAAGUUGCAUUGCUGUCCAGGUCUGUAUGAUCCAGAUUCCACUGCUUAUCCUCUUCAAUGCAUUUUACGAUGUCGGAUUUGUGCUCGUGUUCAGUGACAUCCAUCUCUGGGCCAGCAUCUUCAGUGUCAUCGUUGUCAACUACAUCUUUAUGGAUGGAAAAUGUGACUACUUUCAGGGCACCGCUCUAGUGGUGGUUUACCUCAUCCUAUUGGCUCUUUACUUCUUCGCUCCCUCUCCUCGCUCCUGUUGAUCAAGAAAAAGUCUGUUUUGUAUAUGUAUAUUCCAGGGUGGUGUCUUUGUGCUGUCUUUGUAAUGUUUGUACUGUGUGGUUUAUAUUGAAAUUAAAAAAUGCAUUG